UUUGAAAAUGGCUCAUAAUACAUGUAGGUGUCGGAAAAGAAUGGGGCACUUCUGAUUAAUUUCUCACGAUUCCAGGGAGUUUAACUCCGAGGAUGGCGACAUCAGAGAGUUUGGCGAUCAUCAUUGCCUCAGAUGAUGAGAGCGACAGUGACGUGGAAAUUCUAAGGGAAGAAAAGAACGAAGACCUGGACGUGAUCAUUGUCGCUGAAACAACAGUGAAGCCAGUGCCAAGAUUAGGGAUGGGAACCAGUGGAUUGGAACCAGUCAAGACUGGUCAGUCCUGUGAGGGCCUGCGGCCAGAGGUUCCGGUUGACCUGUCACUGGACGAGUGUACGAAUGACGACGGCCUUCCCACAGUCACCACUCCUCUAGAUCUGUCCUCCAAAAAGUGUUCUGGAGACGACUCCGACCUAGAUCUGGACUCCAGCAGUUCCUUCCUCGCGGAGCAGACUGCUAGUACACUAUCAGACUUCCUGAAAGAGUCGUUCCCCCCUAACGUCAAAAUACUGCCCAAAUCUGACAAUGAUUGUGCACAAGCUAACUGUGAUAAUUCUGAUCCUAAAGCCCUGGAUGAUCACAUGGACGCGUAUCCUAAGAAGGUGGAUCUGUUUGACAGCUCUCUCCUGCCUGGUUCUGGUCUCCCCUCUGCAGAUCUUACUGGUUCAGGUCUCCCCUCCGCGGAUCUGACGGUCACGGGGCACCUGCCUGCUGUCAUUCCCCCUAACACCAGUGUUGGUGACAUCCCGGUGUCUUUCUCUGAUAACAUUAGAAAACACUCCAGCAAACGUGCAUCUUCAUCCUCAGAUGAAGCCAGCACACUAAAGAAAAUGAAAAAGGAGGAAGAGCUGUUCAACAGCGACGCAUGGAAAUCACUAGAUCUGGACUUCCUGUCAGAGUCAAGUACUAGUACCUACCAACAUACCAGCAGUUGUGAUACCAAGAGUCCACCCGUGUCUGUGGCAGCCCCAGGCAGUGCUGUCCUUGGAAGAUCGUACAGUGUGUCCUCCGAGACAUUCACCAAGCACCUGCCUCCCAAAAAACAGAGCUGUUUCCGUCAGGCGAGUGACCCGGGGUUCAGUCCCGUGGCCCGACCCCCCUCCCCCCAGCCUUCCUGCAGCAGCUGGGGGUCGGAGAAGUGUACCAGCUGUAAUAUCUCCCUCCUGGGGUUCAGAAUCUCUCGCUGUAUACAGGGACACCCCACCUGUGCCUUCUGUUUAGAGGAACAGGUCAAACUAGUCCUCACAGGCAAAACCAAGAAGUCACUUCUGUGUGUACUUGGAGGUUGUGACAGUUAUUAUCCUAUGAGCGAGUUAAAGCAAUCUCUACCCAGCAUGGUUGUGGAGAUUUUGGAGACCAAACUGGACGAUGACUACAUUGAAUACAUCGCUAACAUGAUGGCCAAGAAAACAUCGGACGAGGCUGAGGAAGAAGAACCAGAUGGCAGCACCAGUCAGUGGGAGGAGAGGUCAGAGGUCAAAGAGGGGGAGGAGGAACGACCCAGGAACCCUGAGGACUGGCCCGCCCACUGGGAAUACAUGGAUCUACGACAGGGUCAUGUAAUGGUGGACCUAGUGCCUGACUCCCCAGAAUACAUAGAAGUCUGCUCCAAGUUUUACGAGACACUGCAGUUUCCUCAGGCAGACAUCGUCAAGAUCAGUCGCAUUCAGAAUCCGAUUCUGUGGAAAUACUUCACUGUGAAGAGGACGGAGAUGAUUCACGAGAACGACGGCCUGGCGGUGGCGGAGAAGCACCUGUUUCACGGCACUGACGCUACCGUCCUUAGUGCUAUCUGUAAGAAGGGAUUUGAUUGGAGGAUGUGUGGCAAGAAUGGGACGGUGUAUGGCUAUGGAUCUUAUUUUGCCACCCACUCCUCCUACUCACACCAGUACACAGAGAAAGGCGAUCGCCGCCGGCCAAACUUAAAGCGGGCCCUAUACCAGAGGAGCACGCUCCCAUUCCAGCACUUCACCAACCCAGUCCGCAUGGGUCCGUUAACCUUCGAUCCGUCUCAGAUUAUGGUCACCUCCUCCAUUUUCUCGCCUCGUCGAGUGUACACCUCUACAGCUCUGUCCAAUCCUGCCUCAGCCUCCAGUAAUGGGAACGACGACAAUAACUCCACCUCUAGUAACUUCCCUGGAUCAUCUAGGACGUUCGUCCUGCAGUACAACUCGGGGUCAGGGGCUGGUGAUUCAGCCUCCAGCAGUUCUUCAGGUCUUGGACAAAAUGGAGUCCAGUCCCAGAGAAACUGGGGCUUUGGCAGACAUCGAGUACUUAGUUCAUCAUCUUCGACAAGUCGGGAUGCCACAUCCAAUCCAAGUCCUUCUAGCAGUAACAUUCAAACCACAAUACGGUUUCAAAGUUCUUCUGUAUACCCGCCUGCCACACCAUUCACUUCUCUGACUGAUCAGAACUCAUCCUUUGGUGCUCAGAAUGUUAUGACCAAUCAGAAUUCAUCUCUUAAUGCCACACAGAAUAUAGCCAAUCAGAUGUGUUCAAACAGCUCUUUACAGGACCAGACAAUAUCACCUUCUGAUGGGACUUCCUCUACUGUACAGAAUCCACCCAACACAAUGAUACAGAGCUCUCUAGUGAAUCUAGCUUCCUCUCAGCCUUCGAAUCACGACUCGUCACAGCCACUUAAUCCUGGCCCCAGCCAGCCACUCAAUCCUGGCCCCACCCAGUCACUGAGUCUGGGUUCCUGUCAGUCGCUGAAUCUGGGCCCCUCACAACUUUCAAAUCCUGGCCCUUCGCACAUGCUAAAUCCUAACUCCUCCCAGUCACUAAAUCUAGGCCCCUCUCAGUCAUUGAAUCCUGGUCCCUCCCAAUCCCUGAAUCCUGGACAGUCUCCACAGGAUGCUUCCUCUUUGUUUGGGAUACUGGACCAGAUAAACAUUCAAGCUGGGGGCCAGUUCCAGAGACUUCAGGCACUGCAAAAGAAGCUCCGGUCUCAGAGUGUUUACCAGCCACCCGAGGAGGCGGCGGAGAAGACUCUUCAUAAAAUGUUCAUGGCGAAGGUUCUGGUCGGGAGGUUUACCGGGGGAAGCAGUACGUACAGGAAGCCUCCGCCGUUAGACCCCGUCAACGAUCCGUACGGGAAAUGUUACGACUCCUGCGUAGACAAUAUUCAUAAUCCUAAAGUAUUCGUCAUCUUCGACAGCAGUCAGGCCUAUCCCGACUACCUCAUAGAAUACAAUUACAAUUAAAAGAGACUUAAAAGUGACUUAAAAUGGAAGUUCGAGGGAUAUUUAUGUGUCAAAUAGACCAAUGCCAUAAUUGAACACAAAUUACGAAACUGAUUGGAGUGUUGCGUUGCUGGAGCUGCAAUUAUAAAGAUAUUUUAAACAAUGCAAUGAGGGGAAAAAAAUGUACUGAUUUGAUUGUUAGUCUCCAUUUAGUGCUUUGUGAAUUUAUAUGCAAAUCAUAGUGUUAAUUGUUUUAUCUUACUACAAAAGUGUGUGUGAUUUAUUAGUUAAACAAAAGUAAAGACGUAGCAUGCAUUUCUUCAUGAGUUGGGGGAUAUUGUAUUCCGGACUAUGGUUGUUAUCUCCCCCUUAAUUUUGUGAUUUGACACCUGAUGUAUUGUGUGUAUGUUUGUUUGUAUGUGUGUAUGGGUGGUUGUGAAUGUUUGUGUUUGUGCUUUCCAGAGUUCACUUGUUGUAUGUUAAUGUAUUUUACCAAUUUUUUGAAAAUAAUGUCUUAUGUAGAUCAGGAAAAAUAAGUGUUGUAUGUCAUUUUAUAAUAUUUUGAAUUAGACUGUGGCGUUUUGUUUUUUGAGACUGAGUGCCAGUAUCAAUAUCUGGAGUUUCAUUUUUGUUGACAAUCUUCCUUCUUGUUUACUGCAGACUUUUUCAUUAUUUAUCUACCUGAAAAACUUAUGUGUGUGUACAUUAUUGAGCUAGUAAUAGCAUAUUUAUCUUAUUAAUCUGUGCUUAAAUUUAGAUGUUAAUAAAAUUAAAAAUGAGUGAAAAACCUGCCAGAGUGAGGCAUUAUGACAGUUCGAGGAGUGUCUGUGUAAAUAUGAAGGAGAACCUGUUGUUAUGAGGCCCUGAGUGCUGGAGAGUUUAAUUUUCCUCACACGCCGAGUAAGCAUUGUUGACAAGUGAGUGAGUUACGGUCCCAAUAUAUAUAUAUACGAUAUGGUUUGGGGAUUCUUAUUUGUUAGAAAUCUUGCUAUAAAAAGUAAAUUUAUUAAUAUUCCUUGAAUCAGUCUUCAAAGAAAAUAUCUAUAAUUAUUUAGAUGGAACUUACAAUAUGAUGUACAUGAGUGUAUAGUGUAUGAGAGAGUUUGAAGUUGUCAAUUCUCAUCCAGACCCAGAAGUUAUUGACAGUAAGCAUGUAAUAGAAAUAUCAAGGUCUCACCUUUAGCAUACACAUAUAAUGACCCGCUUUUCCAUUGUCUACAGUUAAGUCCAUCAUGUACAUGUACAAUUAUCUAAUGAUCCCUGCUCGGGAGGGGUACCAGUUUAGAUAUAAAUCGGAAAUCCCCAGCCCUAUCAUUUGUUUUAUUAUUUUUUUUUUUUGAGAAGAGAUUUUUUUUUAGCUGGGGCAUUUAUAGAAGUAACCGAGUUAUGCCUAACUUAUAUAACAUUAAUAAAGUUAAUGAAUUUUUUUUUUAUUCUAUAUGAAUACUUGGGGAAGGGUGGGGGGGUUACACUAUAAUGUUUAUGGAAAGAUUCUACAUUCCAGAUCUUUUUGUGAUUUACUUUAUAUAAUGAAGAAAUUUAUUUAAUUAUGCUUGCAGAUCUUUCCUGGUAUUAGUUAAAGCUUGUAAAGUUUUGAAAUUUGUAUUGUUUUCAUUGUUUGCAAGACCUAUGAGAAAUAUUGAAUACUUUGUAUUUUGAAAAAAAAAUUGUGAUGUGAUAUACAUGUAAUGGCUGUUUAUGUACAUAACUUACCCACUUACUUGACCUAUUGACCUAAUUAAUGCUAAAUAAGUGUUUGAUUAGUAAUUCUUGUAUUAGAUGUAAGCUAAUGAAGAGUAUUUAUGUCUUUAAAUGUCAUUUUUAAUUCUGUAUGAAAAGGAACCUGCACUGAAUAACUUAAGCAGUAUUUGAUGUUAAGCUGCUGUAAUUUCAGGGUUGGUAUAAAUAUACACCCAUUAUGAUACAAACACUGUGAAGUUAAACCCCAUCAUGUUUUGAUCUGUGCAUGUAAAAUUACCUUCAUGACAACGUUUUUACUAAGAUGUAUUUCCAUUUAAUGUGCUUAAAUAGAAAUAUUGUAAGUUAAAAUUUUCUGUCAAACUCCAUUCAACUACAAAAUUGUUUUGUUAAAAAUUUAAGGAAAAGAAGUGAUUUCAUCAUUUAGGAGUCAGAAAAUGUCAAUUUGGAGAUGUGACUAAUGUUAUCAAAUAUUUUGUCAAUGUUCUCCUUAGAAACGAGUCCAGACUUAUUCAACACAAUGAGGUGCUUUUACUAAUGCUGCAAUAUAUAAUUACUGAUACUUUGAUUAGUGUUUAAGAUUGAGGUGAAUUUGGCAGGUGUGCCAUGUAUACCUGUAUAAGAAAAUUAUGGUGUAUGUUUACACGUACAGGUUGUUUUUGUGGAUUUUUUUGUUUACUAACACUGAUUUGUACUUGGCGCAUACGUACAACCAUUCUGUACAGAAUGAACAUGUCCCAGAUUGGAAAGUGUGACCAACAAUUAAACAUUCAGUGAACAUCUCUGAUAUUCCUGUUUUAUUUUGGAGAAUGUGCUUGUAUAUGUAUUUAGCAUUUUGUCAUUUGUUAGUUGAUACUUAAGUAAAAUAUUACAACAGA